CGGACAGCCCCGACAUGCAGCAUCUUUUACUUUGCCCAUGCCACAUCUGACUACCAAAGUGUCCUGCACAGGCAUCGCCAGCCCAUCAAGCCCGAGUUUGCCCUCGCCUGCGAAAUCCGAGGCGGCGGCUGUGGCCGCUCCACUGUCCUUCAAAGAGAAGCUGGAGCUGGCCAAAUCCCAGGCACAGGCUCAGGGCCAGACCGGCUCUGUGCCGAAGCUCAAGGGACCGGGUCUCAGCCCAGCUCGAAGCUCGACCGCCCCCAGCCCUGUGAGGACUCCGGCCAAGAGCCCCAGCACCAGCAGCAUGAACCGCCUUAGUUCCGCUAGCACUGGCCCGGUUGCCUCGGAAGGUACCCCGCCGCCGGUUCCGGGCCAAGCUCCAACGCUCCCUCCGAUUCCGGAUACCCCUCCUCCUCCGCCUCCCGUCAAAGUGUUUGCUCGUGCACUCGCUGAUUAUACGCCAGCCGGCGAGGGACAGCUCAAGCUCAUCCAGGGCGCUAACUACCGUGUGCUCAUCCACGACUACGGAAAGGGGUGGACCUAUGGCGAAACCGAGGACGGAACGGCGGCAGGAAUCUUUCCGCAAUCGUUCAUCCAGCUGCUCUAGAUGCCGUAAACGAUCCGGACACGACAUGCGUUUCUGUUGGAGCCAGAAUGGAGUGGGGUGCGGGACGGCCGUGUGGCUACAACUGUUUCUACAGGCUUCGAAAAUGAAACAUACAUCUGUCAUCCUCCGGAGCCGAUGGUGCGCUUGCAUCCCAGAAAUGCCAGCACCAGCACCAGCGAGCUGGAGAGCCGGG